GUCUCUUCUUGUGGCAGACAGUAACAGGAAGCGCUGCCGGCGCCUCCGAACCCGCUGGGAGAGCGAGCCAUGGAGUUCUCAGAGGAGAGGUUGCGGAAGUGGCUGAGCAAGUAUAAAUUCCGAGAUCUGACCAUAGAAGAACUGAAGCACAUAAAUGAGUUGUAUCCCACCAUCAGGUUCACAAUGAGCACCUACACUUUUAAGGAUGGAUCCCAGAAAGACCUUCUGAACUUUACUGGUACUGUUCCAGUAAAAUAUAAGGGUAACAUUUAUAAUAUUCCAAUUUGCAUAUGGAUUUUAGAUUCUUAUCCUUUUGCUCCACCCAUUUGUUUUCUAAACCCUACUCCUAACAUGGGAAUUUCUGUAGGAAAACAUGUUGAUGUCCGUGGAAGGAUUUACCUGCCAUAUCUACAAGCCUGGAGCCAUCCGCAGUCAGUAAUUAUAGGGUUAUUACAGGAAAUGAGCAUAAAAUUUGAAGAGGAACUCCCCUUAUAUGCGUUAUCAUCUUCUGACGAAGCCAGACAGAUGGACCUACUUUCUUAUAUCACAAAAAUUGUUGAAGGUGAAAACAAUGGACAAUCAAAGGGAGAAGAAAAGAAAAAUGAUGGAGGACUACGCAAAGUUACAAUAAUUGGGGCUGGAGAUCUGGGCCUUGCUUGUAUUUUGGCUAUUUCAGCAAAGAAUGUUGCUGACAAAGUGGUUGUCUUGGAUUGCUCAGAAACUACAGUGAAAGGAGGAACAAUGGACCUAGAAAUCUUUGACUUGCCAAAGGUGGAAAUUAGUCGAGAUUUUUCUGCGUCAGCAGACUCAAAACUGGUGGUGCUUACCGUUAAUUCUUUAGGCAAUGCUCAGUCCUAUCUGGAGGUUGUUCAGAGCAAUGUGGAAUUGUUCAGAGGCAUUAUUCCAUCAAUAGCUCAUUACAGUCAACACAGUGUACUGCUUAUUGCCUCUCAACCAGUAGAAAUAAUGACCUAUGUGUCGUGGAAGCUGAGUGGAUUUCCCAAAAGCAGAGUUAUUGGAAUUGGUUGCAAUUUGGAUUCAGCAAGAUUCCAGUAUGUUAUUACAAAUCUGUUGAAAACCCAAAGCAGAAGUAAAGACAAUUGGAUUAUUGGUGAACAGGGAGUAAACAAAGUGGCAGCAUGGAGUUCUAAUUCUGUGAUAAAUCAUCCUGGUGAUAAGUUAACAAAUGAUCAACAGGUGUUGACUAACAGAGCCAUGGAAAUUCUGAAAGGAAAAGGCCAAAGGUCUUGGUCUGUUGGUCUGUCAAUAGCUGAUCUGACUGACACUAUAUUGAAUGAUAAAAGAAAAAUACAUUCUGUAUCCACCACGGUGAAGGGGUAUUAUAAUAUAAACAGUGAAGUAUUUUUAAGUAUGCCUUGUGUACUUGGAAUCAGUGGUGUAACUGAAAUUAUGAAGCCAGUGGAAGAGGAUAAUGUAGUUGAAAAACUUCAAACCAGUGCUGCAUCUGUCAAUGACCUUCAACAGCAGCUGAAGCUCUGACUGCCAGGAAACCAUAGAUUUUUGUUCUUAAAAUAUUUGAGAUUUACAGAAAAGGUAUUAAUGACCGACUGAGUCAAACAUCAAAUUCUCACAGUGUGGAAAUUUUAGUGAAUAUUAUUAUAUGGUAACUAAAAUUAGACAAAAACAUUGUGGUUAGGAAAGUUGUUUGACCAUGAUAUUUCCUAAUCAUGAAUUAUUGUACUUCUUUGCCCUUUCCUCAUUUUGCUGUGGCCUUCAAUACUACUAUUCAACUUUGCUCUCUAAAGUAAAUUUUUAUUUUAAUCAGAGAUGUUUAGGCAGUCAGAGGUAAUGUAUCACCAUUGGGUUGCUAUUUCC